UGUACCAUUGAUUUACUCUCACCUGUCUUUGUGGCCUUGUUUUCCCUCCCCCAUUUUCUUAAUACAUUCUUACUUUCAUACCUCUCUCUCUCUCUUACCUCCGUUUUCCCUCAGUUAUCUCUCCUCGUCUGUCUGUUUUGCUCUUUGUAUUUCUGGGGUUUCUGGCCCCUCGUUGCUGCCAAGCUGGAUUUCCUGCAGGUGAAGCAUCUGAAGAGGAAGAGGAAGAGCAACUACAGUGUGAGAGAAACACAGACUCUCAUCAGGGAGAUCCACAAGAGGAGGGAUGUUUUGUUCUCCAGACAGCAGAACACAGCCAUCAAUGAGCUAAAGAGGCAGGCGUGGGAGGAAGUGGCACGAGGUGUCAACUCACUGGGGGAGGGCGAGCUACGCACUGCUGCUGAGGUGAAGCGACGUUACCUGGAUUGCCGUGCACUCAUGAAAAGAAAGCAUCUUCAGGCUGAGUUCUCUCUCUCCUCCUCCUCGUCCUCUUCCUUGGCCCUCAAGACUGAGUAUGAUCACUCCUCCCCUGAGCAUGAAGCAGCAUCUCUGGGGUCUGGGUACGACCAGCUGCUGGACCUCUCAGGCUUCCCAAAGGACUGUCACUGUGACUGGCCGGAGCUGGUGGCUCUCAGCGGUCAAGCUAUGAUGGCACCGCCGGACAUGAAGAUGGAAGACAAUGUCAGUGAAUACAGAUUGGAUGGUGAUGUGGGAGAUGGAGAAGGGGAAGUAGACGAAGAUGAUCUGCCCUCCCUCCUCAGUGACAUCGAGUCUCAUGGUGAGGGGCAUGUGAGUGAUGUUUAUUCAAACAACGACGUUGGCGCGCUCAGCUCGUCCAAGACUCCGACCUCCACCACCAAUAGAGACCUGCCGCCGGCUGCUGGCCUGAUGGGAAUGCCCUCUCAUGCUCUGGGAGGAUUCACCAACAGUGAAAUCAUGGGCACAGAGUUUCUGGCUGCUGUUGAGAAGCAGCGACUGGAGCUGGAGAAGCAGCGGCUGGCUGUGGAAACUGAACGCCUGGGUAUGGAGAAAGAGCGGCUGGCGGUGGAAAAGGAGCGACUUCGUCAGACAGAGGUCGAGAGGGAACGACUGCAGCUGGAGAGAGAGAGGUUACAGGUAGAACGGGAGAGGCUGAGGCUCUUGCUCCGCAGUCAGUCAGAGUUUGUCGACUCCUCUUUUAACCUGCUGUCACAGCAAGGCCCGCCCUCAUCCACCAUGCCCUCCUCCUCCUGCACUCAUGACGGACAGUGUGAGAGAGAGAAGAAAGGUGAGAGGUGGAUGAGCGUCGUGAAUCUGGAGACAGAGAGAAUGAAACUGGAGAAGGAGAGACUGCAGCUGGAGAAAGAGAGACUGCAGUUCUUCAAAUUUGAAUCAGGCCGACUGAAGAUAGAGAGAGAGCGCCUCCAGGUGGAGAAAGAGAGAAUGCAGUUGCACAAAGAUCACUAGAGCCACCGAGGCUGAUGAGAGAGAGAAUAAAUAGAUUUUCAUUUGCUUCUGGGGUGUUUUUUUAAUGCAACAGCAACUGCUCUUUGAUCAACUCUAUUUCUUACACACACAUUUCCGCAAGCGGGUGUGCGUAACGUCAACGAUUAUUACUGAAGAACAUUUGGCCAAGGAGAAGACAGAGUUAGAGGGCUGGUAUAUUUAUGACCAUCAUGUGCCUUAUGCUGUCUUCAUUAAAAAGGGUGACGGGGCAUAAAAGAUGCUAUGACAAUAAAUAUCUUGGAUUUGCGUGUUACACACAGCUGGUUAAUGGCUGAACAUAUAGUUGAAGCAGAUUUUCACUAAACACACUAAUGCACAAAAUGUGCUGUGUAGAUACAUCAAUACAACACAUUAUAGAAAAUGUUAUAUAUGAAAGAAAGAAGGGAUCAUAGAUCCGUAGAUUCAGUGUUUUGGUGUUUAUCUAAAUACUAGGUUCUUGUGUUGAAAUUUGAUUUAAGUGGAAAUGCUUUUGACUAAUACUGUAUAUCAUAGCUAUUUUCCACAGUAGCCAGUUAAAGAAUUAGUGUUUCUUGUGGUGUCCCUUUGUUAAAGAGUCUCAGCAGGUCAUGGCACUUUGACAAUGAAGACCCUAAAACUGAAGCAGCUAAUUAUUUCAUUAGUGACACUGGUGCUGUUCCUGUUGUGAUGUGAGGAAAAUCCCCUCUGUGGGAAAAAAAGGCCCAUUUAAGUUUUGACAUUUAGAUUUGUGGAUUUAGAGGAGAGUGAAGAUCUGUGGUGAGCUCCUGCUGCUGCUGGACGUUGCAUGAUGAAAAGCUGGAGCAGACUAUUACUGAAUGAUGGUAUUUUCCUCUAAUUCAACUGUUAUGCACGAUAUUCCCUGUAGCACAUUAUUACAUUUCAUUUAUUCUGGAUUAUAUUUUAUCUCUGACUUACAUGAAUAUGUAUUCAUACAUUUUGUCUUGCAGACUAGAGGUGGUUUCCAAAUAAUUUUCUGGAGGAAAAUAAAGGUGACUUCCAGAGAAAUUCUGUUUUGAUCAGAUCUAAAGAGUUCUGCUUUUGUUAGGUCUGUUAAACCUUCAUGUUUUUGCAUUGCAUUUAGACACUAAUGAAAAAGAAUACUGAUAAGAAUGUGAUUCCAUUUGUCUUUUCUGUAUGAGUGCAAGCUUUUGUUUUUUUUGCCUGAAGGCUAAAGCAAUAUCUGAAAAGCCCUCAUUUGGUUAAUGUGACUGACUGCUGUGCAAACUACUCCAUAUGUGUUUUAUACAUGGCAAAGUUCGGAUAUUUGAGACAGUCCAGUUAGGGAAACAAUCCAGUAUAAUCUUCUAUAUUAUUACAACUUAGAAUUGAACAGCGAUAACAUAAGAAAACCAUAAAUUAUGCUGAGAGACUCAACAUACAGUAAAUAAAUAAAUAAUAAAUAAAUAAAUGAAAGAUGGUGAUGACUAAAUGCAAAAGCUUUAACGUCGGUGCCCAAGAAUCUGUGCUGACCGAUACUAUAAAAGCGUUUGUUACGUUCAGAAUUUGUUUGGAAUGGAUUAUUCCAUCGUGAAGUUUAUCAUUUUUUAUUGUUUAAAUUUUAGUUUUCUAGGGAUAUGCCCAUAAAUAAUUAAUUAAAGUUAUUAAAAAAACCACACAGUUUAAUGUUUUAUAUAGUACAAUGUUUUCAAAUGCACAAAUGUUUUAAAUGUUAAUGCUGGGGGGCUAAGGGGGGGCAUGUCUGCUGUUUAUUCAGUUAACUAUUAAAGAGUUUUUGAAUAACUUUGUAAUGUAUGUCAUGUAAAUGUCAAAUAAGUAUACAUUUUAUUAAACAAAAUCAUCAUGUAAUACAUUUUAA